CUUCCUGCCAUUUAAACUCCGGCCCCUCGCCUGCCCGGCUCCUCGCGGGAUACCGGUGCUGUGAGGGGCUGCGCUCGUGCUUCCCGGCUCCGGGCGGCGCUGGUGGGUCCGAGCGGCGUCGAGGACCCGGGACCGCGGAGUACGCGCACCUGCUUCUGCGCGGCGGGCGGAGCGGCUCCCGGCGGGCGGGCGGCAGGGCCGCGGGCGGCGAUGGCGGCGGCGGAGCCCGCGAGCUCUGCACAGCCGGAGCCGCAGGCCCAGGCCCAGCCCCCGCCACCGCCUGGGGCGCCGUCUUCGCAGCUGCAGUCGGGGCUCCCGGGCGGCAGCAGCCGGCACGAGAAAAGCCUGGGGCUGCUUACCACCAAGUUCGUGUCACUGCUGCAGGAGGCUCAGGACGGCGUCCUGGAUCUCAAAGCGGCUGCAGAUACUUUAGCUGUAAGGCAGAAAAGAAGAAUUUAUGAUAUCACCAAUGUCUUAGAAGGAAUUGAUCUAAUUGAAAAAAAAUCGAAAAAUAGUAUCCAGUGGAAAGGUGUAGGUGCUGGGUGUAAUACUAAAGAAGUUAUAGAUAAAUUAAGAUUUCUUAAAGCUGAAAUUGAAGAUCUAGAACUGAAGGAAAGAGAACUUGAUCAGCAGAAACUGUGGCUACAACAAAGUAUCACAAAUGUGAUGGAAGACUCCAUUAAUAAUAGAUUUUCCUACAUAACUCAUGAAGACAUCUGUAACUGCUUUAAUGGUGAUACACUGUUGGCCAUUCAAGCACCUUCUGGUACACAGCUAGAAGUACCUAUUCCAGAAAUGGGGCAGAAUGGACAAAAGAAAUACCAGAUAAAUUUAAAGAGUCAUUCAGGACCUAUCCAUGUGCUGCUUAUAAAUAAAGAGUCCAGUUCAUCUAAGCCAGUGGUUUUUCCGGUUCCCCCACCUGAUGACCUCACACAGCCUUUCUCCCAGUCCUCGGCUCCAGUGACUCCACAGAAACCCACCAUGGCUGCUCAGAAUCUGCCUGAGCAGCGUGUUUUUGAAAGAAACCCAACUUUCCAGCAGACACCAGCUACAGAAAUAUCUUCAGCAGGAUCUGUUAGUGGAGAUAUCAUUGAUGAAUUGAUGUCAUCUGAUGUGUUUCCUCUCUUACGGCUUUCUCCUACCCCAGCAGAUGACUACAACUUUAAUUUAGAUGAUAAUGAAGGAGUUUGUGAUCUGUUUGAUGUUCAGAUACUAAAUUAUUAGAUUCCAUGGAAAGCAAAACUUGGGACUGUUAUCUACCUCUAACUGUAUAACAUUUUAGAAUUCUUAAUAACCUAAGUAUUUAAAAUAAUGAAUGUAACACUUUUUUAGUUCACUGAUUCUGAAGUGUUCCCCUCUAACACUUUUCUUUUUUACUUCACAAAACUUCAAACCAUAAACCAAAGGGCUCUGACUGCUUCAUGGGAAAAGUGAUCCACCAGCAUCCUCCUCCAAUAAUUACAUUUAGUUUCUUCCAAUGCUGAAUUCUUCUGUUAUUUCCUCUUCUGAGAGGAAAGUUAAAGCAGAUUUCAGGUCAUCAAAUACAAAAGUUGCCCAAAUAAUCUAUUUAUAUUUUUACUGCCACAAAGCUGUAUUUCUAUGUCCUUCAAACAAUGUUCACUGCCACUUAUAAAGUGAAGGAUAUAACUGUUUCGGUGAACAGACUUUGUGAAGUGCCUUCUGUUGUAGCACUUUAAGUUUAUCAGUUUGUUGACUCCUGACAUCUCACUUUCCUAGAGUAUAGGAAAGAUCUAUGUAGUUUGUUUUAAAAAUGUGCCAAUGCCUGUAUAUUAACAAGAUUUAAAAAAUAAAGUUGUAUAAAAUA